GGCCUGGGGAGGCCCCUGCGGCCGGGGGCGGGCGCGGGUCUGCAGCGGCGGCGCCGGGUCCCGCCCGGUACCCGCAGGGCUCGGAGCGGCCUGGGGUGAGCGGCGGCUCUUCUGAACAUGGAGCUGAAAUGGCUACUGUGUGUGACCCUGCUAGCCCUUGGGAUCCUUGCUGUCCAGGCACAUGAUAUGGAUGAAGACAAUGAUGCUGAUGAUGUAGUUGAUAUUGAGGAUGACUUGGAUGAUGGUAUUGAGGAGGUAGAAGAGUCAAAGUCUGAAACAAGCAGUCCUCCUCCAGCUCCAAAGGUUACUUACAGGCCCCCUGUCCCAACUGGUGAAGUGUAUUUUGCAGAAUCUUUUGAUAAAGGAACUCUGGAUGGAUGGAUCCUUUCCAGAGCCAAGAAAGAUGAUACAGAUGAUGAAAUUGCCAAAUAUGAUGGUAAAUGGGAAGUCCAAGACAUGAAGGAAACAAAGCUUCCAGGAGACAAAGGGCUUGUAAUGGUAACCCGAGCCAAGCAUCAUGCAAUUUCAUCCAAACUCUCCAAGCCAUUUGUGUUUGAUACCAAACCCCUUAUUAUACAGUAUGAAGUAAACUUCCAAAAUGGAAUAGAGUGUGGUGGGGCCUAUGUGAAAUUGCUUUCAAAAACCCCUGAGUUGAACCUGGAUCAGUUCCAUGACAAAACUCCAUAUACAAUAAUGUUUGGCCCUGACAAAUGUGGAGAGGACUAUAAACUGCACUUCAUCUUCCGGCACAAAAACCCAAAGACUGGCAAAUACGAAGAGAAGCACGCAAAGCGUCCAGAUGCAGAUCUGAAAACUUACUUUACUGAUAAGAAGACUCAUCUUUAUACUCUAGUCUUGAAUCCUGACAAUAGUUUUGAGAUACUGGUUGAUCAAACAGUUGUCAACAGUGGGAAUUUGCUAAAUGAUAUGUCUCCUCCUGUGAAUCCACCCCGAGAGAUUGAGGACCCAAAUGACCAGAAGCCUGAAGACUGGGAUGAGAGACCAAAAAUCCCAGACCCAGAUGCUGUUAAACCAGAUGACUGGGAUGAGGAUGCUCCUGCAAAGAUCGCAGAUGAAAAUGCUGUGAAACCAGAGGGCUGGCUGGAUGAUGAGCCAGAAUAUGUAGCAGACCCUGAUGCUGAGAAACCUGAAGAUUGGGAUGAAGAUAUGGAUGGUGAAUGGGAGGCACCUCAGAUUGCAAAUCCUAAAUGUGAGACAGCUCCUGGCUGUGGUGCCUGGCAGCGUCCGAUGAUUGACAAUCCCAACUACAAAGGCAAAUGGAAGCCUCCUAUGAUUGAUAAUGUGAACUAUCAGGGUAUAUGGAAACCUAGAAAGAUCCCAAACCCAGAUUUUUUUGAAGACUUGGAACCUUUCAAGAUGACUCCCUUCAGUGCUGUGGGACUUGAGUUAUGGUCCAUGACAUCUGACAUCUUUUUUGACAACUUCAUCAUCUGUACUGAAAGAGCUGUAGCUGAUGAUUGGGCCAGUGAUGGAUGGGGACUAAAAAAGGCAGCUGAUGGUGCUGCAGAGCCUGGUGUUGUGGGCCAGAUGAUGGCAGCUGCUGAAGAGCGUCCCUGGCUUUGGGUAGUCUACAUCCUCACUGUGGCUUUGCCAGUGUUCCUUGUUGUCCUUUUCUGCUGUUCUGGGAAGAAACAGCCAAGUGCUGCAGAAUACAAGAAGACUGAUGCUCCUCAGCCUGAUGUGGUGGAUGAUGAGAAAGAAGAAGAAAAAGAUAAAGGGGAAAAAGAAGAGGAGGAGGAAGAAGAGGACGCAAAUGAGGAAAAGCUUGAGAAACAGAAAAAUGAUGCUGAUCUAGGAAGUGCUAGUCAAGAGGAGGAAGAGGAGGAGGAGGAAGAAGACAGGAAACCUGCAUCAGAGGAGGAGGAAACUGUGAAUAGAUCACCCAGAAACAGAAAGCCAAGGAAAGAUUGAAAAAAGUCAUAAGAACUUGAUCUGUGAUUUCUUAUUUUUGUUUGUUUUUGGUUUUGUUUUUUUUUGUUGUUGUUUUCAAACAUGGUUCUGCGAGAGGACCUUGGACACCUUACAUUGAAACUUGGAGAAACCUCAAGAUUUCACCAUCCACAGGUUCCAGUCACACUAUCCAAUGUAAUGGAGUGUCUAGCAGUAAAAUAUUUGCAAUCAUUUGUUUUUAAGAGUAUCAUUCCUGUAGAAAGAAAGCAUUUAAUGGGCUGUGGAUUUUGGAAUGUAACAUAACUAACCUUUUCAUUUUUGGUUUUAAAUAUUCUUUUCUGUUCUUGAGUAGAUUGGUAGAAUUUUUCCAGUCUCAAACCUUGGCUUAAUUUAAUAUAUUAAUUAGUGAAAUAUAACAAUGAAUCUUGAAAGUGCUAGGUGAUAAAAAUGCAGUUUUAUAACUAGUUUUUUUUACAAAUAUGUAAAUUCCUAAAUGCACCAAUGUCUUUAUACCCCUUAAAAUCUGGUAAUUGUUUGAAGGAAAGUUGUCAAUGCAUUUGACAACACCCCCUACCCUCCAAUCUAAAAACAACUCGGGGGGAUGUAUGGGGAAACCAGUAGUGAAACUCUAACCAAUCAACCUCAUCCUUUUGGGGGAAGGGGAAUGAUGAAGAAGGGGUGGAAGGACAUGGUUAGUCAGUCCACAGAAUAUAUGCAUACUAUUCAUGGCUAAAGCCCUGUUAAAUGUUGACAAAUUAUCUAGGACUUGGAGUGGGUCAUCUCAGUGUGACAUUUAAUCCUGCAGAGCUUGCAGGCAACCAAUUUUAUUUGCUCUUGAACUCUCUUUGUAAAGCUGAGGGUUGCUGGAGAGGUGUGGUUAUGCUACUUCCCCCUUUGCCCUCUGUUCAGCCACCCGUGUUUUUCUCUCUGUGACGAUACAGCUCUUCCUGAGAGCAGCUUUGCCUCAGUUGCUGAAGCACUUCAUGUUCAGCUCAUUGUCAAACUCAAUUUCAUAGCUAGGCCUGCUCCUUUCCAGGGUCCAAACACUGAAUAAGACGGUAUCCCAUAUCCUCUCACUGUUGUCACUGUAUGUCUGCUGUAGAAAUGGGGGAGGUAGGCAGGUAGACAAGUUGAACUGAGUAUUUGUUAAGGAAAAAAAAAAAACCACAACCAAGAUGUCAGUAUUGUAGGUGGGGAAGGGGCUUGUGGAAUCUCUUAACUGGUAUGUGAAACUGUUUUAAGUCCUUUUAUCUGCUCUUCAUGUAACAAGUGCAUUCUAAAUUAUAUUGUAAAUGUUAGGAAAUUCCAAUUUCAGCUGAAUAAAUUUUUUUAAAGUGUUGAAUCUACCAUACUACACUGUUUCAAACACCUUUUUUUUUGUGGAAUGCAGGUGAGCACUACAAGAGCAUUACCUCUGAGGGUGAGAUGGAUGUAAUUCAUUACACUGUACCAAAUAUGUUGGCAUUUGGAUGUCUAUAUAGAUAAACUUUCGACUUUGUUUAGAAUGAAAUUAAAUGUCCUGAAAUUAUUCUUCUUGCACUGAACUUUAACACUCCAGUGUUGUUUGGUCACAUGAUAGGUAUAGUGUGGAAUAAUUCCCAGGGGUUGUGGGGGGAAGAGUGUUCCAAUUACCUUGCAAACAAUCUAACCAAUUACUAAAAGACUUGUUUUGGGUUGGUUUUUUUGUUUGUUUUUUUUUUUUUUUGUAAAACACCUUUUGCUGCCUGUCCUUAUGUUGUAUCCCUUGGUUGUUGUGUUUGAAAUAUUAGUGAUCACAAAUGCAUAGCAGGAUUUCUUGGUCUCUCUGCAGUGUACAAAUAAACUAUUGUAAGCAAGAUAUUGGAAGUAAUUUCAGACUUCUGUUGGGAGCUAUUGCAUGUUUAGAAUGCCUUUGCCUGUUGAACACCUGGUCAAUACUGCUCCUUAUUGCAAAAAUAGCUUAUACUCUGACAUGGAAGAUGUCAUAGCUUAAGCAUUGCUACUAGCUUGUUCUCAGGACUGUAUUUUUAUCAAGGAGCAGCUGCUAUUUAUGACUCUCAGUCCUUUGAGAUGAAGUAUGUAUAAAUGGUUUCAAUUCAGCUAAUGUUUUGAGCACAACAUAAAAAUCUAAUUAAUCUAAUGUUUUUUUAUCUUAAUAUGCAAAUUGCCUUAAACUCCCAAACAAUCCCUGUGCAUACAUGUUCUUUCAAAGCAUCAAAAGUGAACUUGAGAUCUGCUAUCAGCUUUUAAAUAGCAUUAUAUUAAAGCUAAUUGUAAAUCUACAUUUGCUUCUGCUAAAUAUCCUGAAAAAGUCUCCUGUCUGCAUGUUAUGGCUUUUUUUGAUACCAUAGUGUAUGCUUUAAAUAAUCACUACAAUAAAUGAAGACUUUCCAAAAUGGAUAGACAACUCAAGUUACUUUUUAUCCUGCUUUUUGGCUUGGGUGCCUCAGUUUGACCUUAGAAUUGCUCUUACUUUUAAAGUCUUAGAGGAAAAAAAUAUAGCUACCUGCUUCUCCUGAGUGCAUAAAGCAUAGCUGUGUUUUUUAGAGUAGUGAAACUCCACCUGGCUGUAACCUGUGAACUGUGUUGGGAACGGUCACAGAUCCUUGAAGGUGUAUUUGGGCCUUUUGUGUCUGUGCAGCCAAGGAUGGCAGCUCCUGAAAAGGAUGCUGAGCUUGAUGUGCUGUGUCUGAGAGUGGGGAGGGGUGUGUUAGGCUGACAUGGUGAAUCAAAACAAAACCCGUGGGCUCUGACACGCAAGGCACAAGUGCUGAGAGCGGCUUUGCCCCUGGAGCCAGUGGCUGGCAGGGGUGGUUGAUAGGUCAGGGUGCAUCUAACCCACUAACCCCUUCCAGCAGUGUCCCUGGAUGUGAUCUACCUUCACUGGCUCUGCUCGGUACUGAAUUGUCACAGCUUGAGGCUGUCACCUCUCCAAUGUGUUAAAAACAGACAUUUGUAAGAUAGACUCCUGGGCCUGAAGAUGGUUUCUUGCAAGUACUGACUAUUUGUACAUGUCCAUGGUUUUCUCUUGCUCUUUCCUUACUCCUCCCUCACGAACUCAGCUCCUCCACUGGGGCUGUGGGUACAGACGUAGGGCUUGUGACUGCUCUGCUCCUCCCAAUCAGAUGGUUCAUACCCUUCUUGCCUUGUGGUUUGUAAAAGGGGUUUUUGGUCUAUGGGGGUUUUGGUUUGGUUUUUUUUUUUAAUUGUUGCUCGACACAACUACUGUGAUUUCAUGUCCAUUGCAAACAGGUACUUGUAGAAGCAACUUGAAAAAAAAAUGUAAAAACUAAUCAAUAAAGAAACUUAAAUCUG